AUGAGCGAGCUGGAGAUUGUCAACGUCGCCAAGAUGACGGUCAAGUUCGCAACGAACGUUGGCUAUGGCAUCAGGACUCACAACCAGGACAUUGAUGCCAGGGCAACAACACCGGGCGAGCAACGACCACCAUACCUUACCACCUUUGACAUCGUACUUCUAGCGGGAAAGGCGUUACCGCCGAAUACCGAAGAACCUCUGGCGUUCGCAGUGUGCAGCAUGCAGGCCUACAUUGCGGCAACCCACCUGAUCAACGCGUACAUUAAGUACAACAACGAGGUGGAGGAUCACCAGAAGUACAUUUGGACGACCCAAGUGUAUAACGAUGCCCAGGGAACGGCGCAUGACUAUGCCAAGGCGCUACAAUUGGCGUCGACACCUCAGAGUCAAGGAGGGAUGCAGUUUCCAGAAGCUUGCUUGAUGUGGUCGUGGAAUCAGUUGUCUGUCGAGGCAGCACUCACAAAGGAUUGUGUCAUGAAGAGGAAAGCCUUCGAGGUUUGGGAAGACGAGUUGAACCGUGCGGAGAGACCGGUCCUCAGCAUCCUUCGCAUGAUGAUCCAUGGGGGGACGUACCUUGGGGAGACGCAGCUGCUGCGUCGGCACCUUCAUCCUCCAGCGUAUGGACCGAAGAGGGCAAGGACGGGAGACGCGCCCAACGAAACUGGGCAGCAAGGGAGUCAGCCUAGCUCGGCGCGCCCUUGGGGCAGCCAGCAGACUUCUUCCUCAUCGUCACAGCAACCGCCUCAGGCAGAAGAAUCCCUGGUUCAAUGGGCAGAAGUCUCCUAUCCCGAGGGCACCACUGAGUACAUCUUCUGCUUUUCGAAGGAGAAUACAGCCAUUUGCAGGGCCAAGUUGUACUGCUCAGUGGCACAACCGGAGGUGUUUCCGGCAGCAUAUGAUGAGACACCGAAGUAUAUUCAAAAUGAGGAAUUCGGAACAACCCCGAUCGAGCAUUACGUCAGACGUCUGGUGACCUAUCUGGCAAGGAUUCAAUCUGUCACACAGAACACCGACUACGGCUUGGCGCUCAAGGUUUACGUGGAGCUCGGAACUACAGACUGUUAUCAUGGUUGUGACUUGCAUCCAUGUGAGAACCUACCUACGCCAGCAAUGCUCACGGUCGCGGCUCUCGUCAACACUGAGGAGGACCUCAUAGAUCCUGAUGCGGAAAGGGAGAUCAUCAUGCCAUCUGAUAGAGAAAGACAUGAAGCGGAAGUCGCCCGUCAUCGACAACAAGCUAUUGAAGCAGCAAAGGAAAUGCGAUCGAAGCUUUCCGUUGGUGGGAGUCCCGGUGCCACAACGAUACGGUCACAACCUACCAUCUUGUGUACCGAUUUUGAGUUGUACCCCAAGAGCGGAGCAACACAUUUCCCACUUCAGAACGAGAUGAUGAGCAAAGGGUGGGGUCAGUUUGUCAGGUUUUCGCCGACGAUCAGCACCGUGGUCAACUUCUCCGAGACGCAGAAGGUGCAUGUCUCCUCCUCGGUGAAUCUGAACGCUUGGAUUCCACUUCAUAAACGUCGUGCCAUCGAAGAGGAGAACAGGCGUGUUGACUUGGUCAGACGUCCUGAUGUGGAGUGGCAAAACUUCGACAUUGCUCUGAGCAUUCCGGAGCCAUCGUACUCGGAUGAGCAGAGGUGGUUCAGGAUCGAUGACUACAGCACGUCGGACAUCACCGCAUGGACAACGACGGAGACAUUCUUUUGCGAAAGGUGCGAACAAGAAAAGAGUGCCAGUGUCUUUUGCCGGGAUUCUACUUCGUUUGCAUCAGGACCGCAGUUUCCAGAUCGGUGCACGGGUUGCGCGUACAAGAGUUCCCUCAACAAUUCGUUCUACAAGAUCAAAGAUUACAGGGAAAUGCGUGACAGCGAAACGUAUGCCCUGGCGUGUGCAAGGUACCUCUACGUUCAGAAAUUUCAGGAGGCGAAACCGGGUGAUGAUUUGCUUGAGUAUAUCAAGAAAUGCUGCCCUCUCGUCUACAUGUCCGUGGGAAAGGUGGUGUUUUCGUACGGCGGCCUUCGAUGCCCCAUUGCAACAAGCGUGGCAUACGCGUCGUGGGGAAAAGCAAGGCAAUUGGCGUGGGACAGAGCAUACGAUGCGCAGAACAAUCUUUGCUUCAUCGCGUACUACGAUGCAGGGAACGCCGCGUAUGCCGGUUUCAUGAAGACAUUGUUGACUCCACAAGAACGAGAACACUUGUUCAGAGGAAGCGAAAACCCUGCGGAGGAACUUCUGGGCGAUGUGUUCGAAUUGGCCUUGGGAUUACUGACCUUCGGCUCACGAUACCCUUUGUUGUUCAAGGCUUGGGGAAGUCCACAGGACAUCGACGCGUGCAUCUGUGGCAUCGAAAGGUGUUUUCACUUGUAUUCGGCCAAAGAGAGCAUCAAGUUGGUGGCAGCAAGACAACCCAAGAAAAGGGAGCCUCCGACCAGGGAUGAAAGGGUGGAGAAAGAUGUCGAAGAGAUCAUUGCAAUCAUUCGCGACGAACCACUGUGCCAUUGA